GUGGCUCAGUUGGCCAAGUUCAAGGAGGGCGGCGGUCUGGGCAUCAGCCUGGAGGGUACGGUGGACGUGGAGGAUGGCGUGGAGGUGCGGCCACACCACUACAUCAGGUCUAUACUGCCCGACGGCCCGGUGGGGCUCAACGGCACGCUCAAGAGUAGUGAUGAGUUACUGGAGGUGAGACCCCGUAAACCCGAGCGAGACGGUGAUCGUGAUCCGCAGCCUGGUGCCGGGGGGCGUGGCCCAGCUUGACGGACGGCUGGUGCCCGGUGAUAGGCUGGUCUUCGUCAACGACGUGCACGUGGAGCACGCCACGCUGGACGAGGCGGUGCAGGCCCUGAAGGGGGCGGGGCGGGGCACCGUGCGGAUAGGCGUGGCCAAGCCCUUGCCGCUGGCGGGCGCCUUCAAGCAGGACUCACAGUUCCCUCCUAACUAUGAUAACACCAGCGCCUCGCCUUUCACCGACAUGGGAGCCCAGCUGACCGCCACAUCCCCGCCUCUCCCUCCCCCACCCUUCCACGAGCGCCAGUGGCAGCAAGACCCACGGCCCCACAAUGCCGAAGAGCAGGCGCAGGUCGAGGAGGAAGACACGCUGCUGUCGGCCUUGAAACGUGAAGCCAUGGAGUCGUCUCAACUAUCAGGCUUCAGGGUGGAGGAGAUGGCUCAAGAGGCGUCAACUUUCCGCGGCGUGAGCGCGACUCCUCUUACUUCCAUGCCCGCUCAGGAAGAGCUGCAUUUGGAGAUUCCGUCUGACGACGUUGCUGCGUCCGCGGACCGCAAGUCUCUUACGUCAGACCCCUCAGCCGUGGCGUCGCUGGAGCAUUCGUUCGCCCACUCGGAGGACUCAUCCACCGCCAGCGACGGCGGAGGGCGGCUUAGCGGCGGUGCGCGACGGAAGGAUAGUUUCUACGAGAGCGAUGACGAGCAGAAGACGCCGAGGAAGCUGACGCCGCGGAAGGGAGGCGGCGUGCCCGGUGUGCGUGAAGACGAGCUCCCGCCGCCGGCGUACGAAUCCGCCGUGUCGCCAGCGGUCUCCGCUGCGGUGGUGACGGUCACCGCGGAGCGAAUGCUUGGACAGGCAGUCUCCCCGUCCCCGUCCCCUCCUUCCUCUUCUUAUUCGUCCACGACAGCUUCGCCACGCCCUCCUGCACCCGCGCCAGCGUCGAAGGAGCUCGAAAGAGACGCUGCGCGCUUCGAGAAUUCACUAGAGAUCUCGAUGACUGAUAGCUUCGGGGCCACGAGCACCCCAAGAGAUCCCGCCCACCCCGUCUCGGCUACGCCCCAUCUGUCUUCGUUCAAGGUUGUGACCAACAGCGCCGCGCCGUUGCUAAGCUACGAGGAAGCCACCAGAGGCAUGACGGAGCCGGAAACGGAAGCACCGGCCCCGCCCCCUAGGGAGGAGUCUGUGGCCGUGGAUAGGCAGGCAAAUCUGAGCCACGCCCCUAUUGCCAAACCGGAUUCAGCAGAUUCUGAUUCUGACCAG